GUGCCGAGUCGUCGCAUGAGCACUCGGUCGAGCACAUGGUGGAUCAUCUCUCUCUGCUCAAGCUCUUCAGGGAAGAAAAAGCUCAAAACAAGAAAGAAAUUGAUGAAAUUCGCGAAAUUGCCAAAGCCCUUCACCGAGCCAGCUCUCCUCAAGUCCAAGAAUUAGCAACCGAGUUCUACCAAUCCCUGGACUCGGACGGAGACGGCCGAGUCGAUCUGUCCGAGUUCCUUACUUCAUGACUGAAGUAGGCUUUUCCUACAAGAAAACCCCCACUUUAUUCGACGAGCUCGACGUAGACAGCGACGGCACCCUCGACUUCUUCGAGGUCUUGACGCUCCUCUACAUCAUCAAGAGCGGCCGCCCUCAAUGCGACUGCUGCGAAAAAAUCAUCCCCGGUGUGUUCUUCUCCUGCACCGAAUGCUUUAAGAAUCCCAAAAGCUCGUUCGAUCUGUGCAAGGAUUGUUUCAUGAAGGGGAGUUGCGACCAUAAACACGGCGGCCGGGCUCAGUUUUUGGACAGUCAUACGUUGUUGCAGGCUAUGAGAUAUCCGACGAUUGCCGAUGUGUCAGGCUUAACAAUUCAUGAGGUAGUGAAUGUGAAUAGAUCCACAAAUGACAUAGUUCCAUCAAACAAAAAGUGGAGCAAAAGGAAGGCUGCAUAUUAUGCACUUGACACAGCAGCCAAAUUCGAGACCAUUUCCGACGCCCUAGACCUCUGCACUAUUAUGUGACAAUAUGAGAGAGCCAUAUAAAUUCAAAAAGAAAAGGGCUAUGAAUGUUGAUUGGACUACUUUUUUUUCUUGUUCAUGUAAUCUUUAUCUUUUGUUUUCGGGUGUAUGUUAAGUGUGAAAGACAUUAUUUAAAAUGUAGUACUAAAGAUAACUAUUUCGUACAUUA